GGUCUGCGGUUGGUGGCCUGAGGUAGCAGGCGGGCUUGUUGCAGCUUCGCGUUCCUUCCGGUUUCGGAAGAAGAAGCAAAGCUUUGUUUUGCUUUUCGGUUUCUUUCUGUGUCCGUCUUCCGCGCCCUGACCCUUGCGACCCAGAGAAAUUGCUUUGCGCUCCGCCCUUGAGCGCCCGGGCCUGGAUGAGCGCCGCGGCCCGCAGCAUCUCGGAAGCUGUUUGCAUUUGUGGUACUUAAGAAUGCCUUCCUAGAAAAAUGGAAAAACAGGAUUAGAGGCGUGAAUAUACUCCUUGUGGAAGAGACUAAAAGGUAAAAUUGUAUUUACAGGCUACUAGGACUUCCCAGGCAUUCCAGAGUAAAAGAUUUAUGACAUUCAAAAACCACAGACUUUACAAUUCUGCUAAGUCAGAUCAACUAUGAGUUGGAAUACAAAACCAGACAAUAUUUGCAAACCCCCACCAUAUUCUAAAACCCAGUCAUCUAUAUUACAGCAGUUUUUAAUGACUUCUACAACAUCUCAAAGUUCUUUCAGCUAUCCUGCCCAUAACCAAGAAGCAUGCAUGUAUUCUAGUAAUUCAAAUUCAGUUUCACAGCCACUUCUGAGCAGCAGAAAUUAUAUAACUCCUCAGACUCAGAUCUCUGUUUCUAAUAUGCCUAGCAGGACAAUUGUGGCCUCUCAGUCUUCAGUGGAAAGAAUUGUAUCUACAAAUGUUAAAGGACCCCAACAACCAAACCACAAUUUGCAAACAGCGUCUUCAGGAGUUAUGCAAAAUGCCUGGUUGGGCUCUCCAAUGAAGAAUUUUAUACCUUCCCAUACAGAAGCAACCAUAUCCCAUAAUCCUGAUGGAGGGACUAAUAUGCCUUACAUGCAUCCACCACAGAGUCAGCUUGUCACAUCAGAUACCUAUUCUAUGCAACUACAAAUGGUUCCUUUAAAUUCUGGAAAAGUACCUAUAACAUAUCAAGGAAAUCAGGGACUUAAUCACUUCAUACCAGAUCAGCUGACUGACUGGACACAGUAUACAUCCAAUGAACUUACUUAUCCUGAAUACAGGCCACCUCCAAAACAUUACUCUUACAUACUGCCAGAUACUACAUCAUCACAAGUUAAAAAUAAUCAGCUCCCAACGUAUACACAGAGCUUACAGUCAAAGCAUUCUGUACAUUUGUCAUCACAUCAGUAUGCUGCAGAAACUAGCCAAAGACUCUCUGCCCUUCCUUAUAGCUGUAGAUAUGGAAACCAACAUGUGCAAAAUGCUCAGCCUGUUUCUAAACACUUGCCUAUGGAAGUUCCACAGAGUUCAGAAGUGCACUCAUCUGAAAAAAAGAAAGAUACUUACAGAGGCCUUAAGCAGCAGUGGCAGAACACUAAUGAAAAAGUCACCAUUGGAAAGUUCUGUGAAUUGAAAGUAAAUACCAAGCAGUCUUACAGUGAAUCUGUUAGAUCUGGGAAUGGUGUUGAAGCGCUCGUUCAAAAUCAAGAAAAAAGAAAAUUUUCCUACAAUCCAAGUACAAAUCAAGUAAUAGACACAAAUGCCACAAAAGAAAAGCUAGCCAGGGAUAUUAAAUCACUCGUAGAAAUCAAAAAGAAGUUUUCAGAACUUGCAAGAAAAAUUAAAAUUAAUAAAAGCCUUUUGAUGGCAGCUGGUUGUAGUAAAACAGCCAAUACUUCUUAUACUGAACCAAUUCAGCAUUCUGAAUUUUCAGCAAAAGAAAUGUCUGCUAAAAAUGGCAAUGACUGCUCCAUGGAAUUGCUAGCAACAUGUCUUUCUCUUUGGAAAAAUCAACCUCCAAAAACCACAGAAGAGAGUGUUCCAAAACCCUUAGAAGAAAAACAGUGUAACACAUCAAGAACCAAUACCACAGUAGUUGGCAGUUCAAAUCCCACAAAUGAAGUUCAUGUUAAGAGUAUUUGUUCCAGUGUUGGAAAUUCUCAGAAAAUGAUGAGCUCGUCACAAACAGUAUUGUCAGUUCUCACACCGAGUUGUGAAUCUUCGGGUGUGGCUGUUGGAAAAGGAACAGAGCUUCAGAUUGCUGUGGUGUCACCUUUAGUUCUUUCAGAUACUAAUACCUUACCUGGGAAAGAGUUAGUGCCUGAAGCUUUACCUGAAACACUGUAUCCAGUUGUUAAGGAAGGUAGUGUUUGUAGCUUACAAAACCAACAGGCUUUAUCUUUUGAUAGUAUAGGAACAGUAGCAGGUUGUAACCUAUCAGCAGAGAUUUCUCUGCCUGUUCAUAAGGAAAAGCAGCACAAACCAACACAGGAUGCUCCAGACAUAGCUGAUAGCAGCUUAGGAAAGCACUCUCCCCUGGGUGCUGAAGCUCUGCCUAAGCCUGUGGACAGCACCAUUGUGAGUGGACCCAUGAUACAAAUCGAAAGUAUCUGUUCUCUUGCAGAAGGGGAUGUAUCUUACAAUUCCAAGAUAGCUGAGAUAUUCAACUCUGUACAAAAUGAGCCCCAGAAACCUUCACCUAAUCAGAUAACUAAUAGUCAACAAGAACAAGUGCAUGAUACCACUGAAAGUAAAGACUUUAGCUUUCAGAAAGAUAAGUGUGUGCAGUGUACAGAUGUUCCUCAUGAGGUCAUCGAGCAACCAGAGCCUCUGCUGCUCAAAGAGCCAGCAUCUUGUGAGUAUGUGGAAGCAAACAGAGAAACCGUAGAGGAAAACACAGCUAAGGAUAUGUGUUUACCGGCUGCUGAUCAGCAGGAUCCUCACCCUCAGGAAACUGAGAUGUUCAGCAAUAAGUCAGUCCACAGUCUUCCUGAAAUAAAUGAGAAUAAUGAUGAAAGUGAACCUAUCUUAUACCUACAUGAUCAGCUGUCAGAGCUUUUAAAAGAAUUUCCUUAUGGCAUCGAAACUGUUACCAGACGUGAAGUGUCUGUGGAUCGACAAAAGACACAUAAAAUUAUAGAAAAUCAAACUGGUGGUAAAACUAGUAACGUGUCUGGGGAUAGCACAGACCAAAUAAAAAUUACAGUAUUAAACUCUGAACAAAUCAAAGAACUAUUUCCUGAAGAAGAUGAGCCCUAUGAGUUAGACAAGUUGGCAGAACCUGAGAAUAAAGAAAUUGUUACAGAAGUAAAGAGCCUAUCUGACUCACAGGUCCCUAGAGAAGAAAGUCAUGACCUUGGAAUGUUGGACCCAGAGAAAGACAAAAUCCAUUGCUGUGCUUUGGGUUGGCUCUCCGUGGUUUAUGAAGGUGUGCCACAGUGUCGUUGUAGUUCCACAGAAGAGAAGGAGAAAGACCGGUGUUUGGACAUCAACAGCAACAAGCAAGGAGAACAGCCCUGCAAUAGUGGAAUCACUAUUUUUGAAAUUAAUCCUGUUUCUGAUAACUCAAAAACUCCUCUGACCCAAGCAGCUGAGAAAGACCAUUUUUCUGAACUGCAUGGUAAAAAGACCGAAGCAUCUAAAACAAAAGACAGCAGGGAGGAACAAUCAACCUGUCAGUUUUUAGUUAAAUGUUACAAAAAAGAUAAAAAGGGCAAUUUUAAAAUAAGGCAUGAUGGCUCAAUGAAAAUGGAGCAAAAACUAAAAAAUAUUUCAUCUAAAUGUGACAUACGAAAUCCCUCAAACAGCAAUAAAAUAGCAACUUCCGAAAUACUUCAUGUAAUAACUUCUAAUUCUGCUAAAAACAUGCCAUUUUCUAAACAAGCUUCUCAGGAAAGCCGACAGAAAAAACACACAUCCCAAGACUCGGGUCCAGUAAAAGCACCUUUAGAACCUUCAUCAACUACAGAUCCAUGCAGGAGGAAUACCUUUUUGGUACAGUCAGUGUCUCCAGAAAAGAAAAAACUAAAAUUCAAAGCAGGUGGCUCCAGAGUGAAAUAUUUUGAAAAAAGAAAGAUAGACCACGCAGUUAUUCCAGAUGUGGAAAUAAAAAAAAAGAAAUAUGACAAGCUAGAGCAGAAGAAACAUGCUGGAGACACACUCAAAUCGUGCAGUGCUCUCACAGAAUCAAAUGAAAGAGCCAGUGUUCAAGAAAAGACUGUCCAAAGUCCUGAGUCCUCAGACUCAAAGGGUAGCACCUCUAAAAGUACUAGAGUUAUAACAGUGCAGGAAUAUUUACAACGGCAGAAAGACAAACAUGUAACUGGGAAUAGUGUUUCCAGAAACACGUGUGUAGAAAGUGUGCUGUGUGACUCAGAACAUGUGAAGACCAGUAAGCAUUCUGAAGCAGUAAGCUGGGGAAAGUUAAUUGAGGGGCCGAGUAACAGUGCAGAGACCUCAAAAGAACUGGAAAAUAAUUCCACUGGCCAUGGUAAAGGUUUCAAGAUCCACCAUUCUGAGGUGUCUAGAACACACAGCUUGUCAAAUAAUAGUCAAGGAAAGUUUGGUGGGAAGCAGCCUGUCAAAACCUAUAAUAAUCAGCCUGACAAAACCGAUAAUAAUAAGACACGUAUGAGUAAUGAGUCCAGCCAGAUGCCUCUCCAGGUAAAGGAACAAAGGAAACAGUACCUGAAUCGAGUUGCAUUUAAAUGCACAGAACGGGAAAGCAUAUGUCUCACCAAAUUGGACAAUGCAUCCAAGAAGCUUAGUACUGAGAAAAGCUUAGUACUCAAAGCAAAAGACAUAGACAAACCUAGUAUGCUGGAGUUUAAGUUAUGUCCAGAUGUGCUAUUGAAGAAUACAAGCUCUGUUGACAAGCAAGAUGAACCUGGGCCUAGGCCUGGGCCUGAGAAAGUGCAAGCACCUGUGCAAGUUUCAGGAAUAAAAAGUACAAAAGAAGACUGGUUAAAAUGCAUCCCUACAAGGACAAAGAUGCCUGAAUCAAGUCAAGAAAUAGACAUUGCUGACUCAAGACUUUCUAAGAGAAGCCUCAGUGCAGAUGAAUUUGAAACGCUACAAAACCCAGUAAAAGACUCAAAUGUCAUGUUCCGGACCUACAAAAAGAUGUACCUUGAGAAGAGAAGCAGAAGCCUCGGGAGUAGUCCAGUUAAAUAGUCACAGGAAGUAGUCAUUUUUGUUUUUACCACCAGGACAUCCCUAGUCUUUUCUUUUCAGACUUUUCAUCCCUUACUGAAAAUAACUCAGGACGGUCACAUUUGGAUUUCUCAGCCAAGGAGUUCAGUUACAGCUUAUGUUAUAUUUUUCACUGAUACUGUGUGACUGAAUUGUUGGAUUAGCUGCUGGUAAGCAGGCAAAGGGAAGAUUGCAUUUGUCUGGGAACUACAAAGUGUGUGAUAUCUGGAUUGUUGAACUGUGUUUACUGUUUGAAGUCUUGCUGAUACAGUGGUGCACACCUGUGACCCUAACAUUUGAUGCGUCGACACAAGAGGAUCAAGAAUUCAGGGUCAUUCUCAGCAGCAUAGUGAGUCCAGUGAAGUCAGCUUAGGCUUCAUGUGACCCUCUCUCUAAAAGCAAAACAACAGCAACCAAAAAGAAUAUGAAGGUGGCUUAUACAAACCUUACUUUGAACCACUGUCAUCCUGAGGUAACUAUUCAUUGCUGAGAACUUGGUUGUUUGACUGGGGCUGUAAAUAGAUUCUUGUUUCUAAGCACACUAGCAAAAUUUAUUUUUGAGAAAGUGCCCACUGUGAAUGUCAAAGUAUAUUCCUAAGUAUUUUGUACCUCAUUGUAAAGGUUUUUUCAGAAGUCUUGUUUUAUACUUUUGUUAAACUGAAUGGAGUUUUUUGGGAGAUGUCUAAACUUUACUUUUCAUACUUGAAAUAAACAUUUAUUUUUUGAAGAACUA